AUGGAUGAAGAUGAUUACCUCACUGAGGCAUUUAGGACUGAAGUUCAAAAGUCUUGUCGAAUGAGUGGGCUAGUUACAUUCAAUUUGUUGGGAUGUGAUUGGAAUGUUCGUGGUUAUGUAUCUCCUGCAAAUGGAUGCUUUAUAAUUGGUGAGUUGAACAAUGUCCACUCUUGCAAAGGUGUUCUUCGGAAGCAAAAACAUGAGCUUUUGGGAUCGAAAAUUGUCAAGACAUGUAUUGAAGAGGACAUUAGCUAUAACUUAUCAUUGAAGUCGAGAGAAAUUAUCAGCAAGUUCAAGUUAGCUUAUGGGUUUGAUAUAUCGUACAAGGUUGCUUGGAAAGCAAAGAAGAAGGUUAGGGAAAUGAAUUAUGGUUCUGAGGAUGAUUCGUUUAACAAGUUAACAAGGUAUAAGGAAGCUGUAUUUGAGAGUAACUCGGGAUCUUCGUUUGUUUUGGAAGGCGAUCCAUCGAGCAAUCGGUUUCAGAGGCUUUUCCUAGCUUAUGCAGGCUGCAUUAAAGGCUUUGAAUUUUGUCUUCAUGUCUUGUUUGUCGAUGGGACUUUUGGGAAGAGUGUCUACAAGGGGCAGAUACUUUGUGCAACUGAAAAGAAUGGAAAUCAUGGGUCUCCUGUUUUGAAAGAUGAUGUUAAAAAGAAGUUUUUUAAGUUGGCAUAUUCAUGCACUGAAAAGGAAUAUCAUUUUCAUUUAAGAGAGUUGAGAGAAGUUAGUGGGGCUGAUAUUGUAGAUCCAUUUCUUGCUGAUUUACCUCUUCAAAAUUGGUGCCGCGCAUUUUUCCCUGGAUGUUGUUAUGGAAUUAUGGCUAAUAGUGUAGCUGAAUCUUUUAAUGCUUGGUUUGCUGUUGAGCGUGAUAUGCCAGUAUACACUACGCUUGAUCAGACUCGAAUUAAGGUGAUGCAGAUGAUGGGCGAUAGGAGAGACGAGGCGCAACUUUGGACCUCGCAACUUACUCCUGUUAUGGAGUGUCGUUUGAAAGAAGGUAUAGAGAAAGUUUGCCAUUUCAAUGUGCAUUACUCCCAUGCAAAUGUUUAUGAAGUGAGAUCGAAAGUAUUCUUAUGUUGUGGACCUUGGAACUCUGUCAUGCUCGUGAAGUGCUAUGAUUUUCCAAUUUAUCCAAUUUCUAAUGUUGAUAUGGCUUCUUCGGAAUCUGCUAGCAAUGACUUCAUACUUUCUUCAAAUGCAAAGAGGCCUCCCGGGAGGCCUAGGCUGAAGAGGUUCAAGUCUGGAGGAGGGUGUGAAAAGAAGCUUAUUCAUUGCGGCCGAUGUGGCAAAAUGGGACAGCAUAACAAGAAUACCUGCACUGAACCUAUUUGA